AUGCCUGUCGCCCUAAGAAAGAUAAUUCUGGGAAAUGUGUCAUCCUCUGCCAUGCUCCUCGUAAAGAAUACUACAAAGUUCUUAUAUGAAGCAUUGCCUGUUGAAAGUCAUUUGCACCAUUAUUUACAUGACAAUGUAAAUGCAGAAGUUGUAGCCCAAGUAAUCGGGAACCAUGAAGGGGCUCUCAAUUACCUUACGUGGACAUUUUUCUACAGGAGGCUCACACAGAAUCCCAACUAUUAUUAUCUUCAGGGAGUUACACACGCACAUAAUUCUGAGUACCUUUCAGAGCUUGUUGAAAAUACACUGAAUGACCUGGAAACAAGAAAAUGUGUUGCUGUGGAGGAUGGGGAUGUUUCUGCCUUAAAUCUUGGUAUAAUAUUUUCAUAUUAUUGUAUCAGUUAUUCUACAAUUGAGCGUUUCAAUUCUUCCUUAACUUGCAAAACGAAGAUGAAGGCUCUUCUUGAGAUUCUAGCUCAUGCUUCAGAGUAUUCGCAACUUUCCAUACUACCUGGAGAGGAAGAGGUGAUUCGAAGGUUGAUUAACCACCAUAGAUUUUCCUUUGAGAAUCCCAACUUCACAGAUCCUCACGUCAAAGCAAAUGCUCUUCUUCAGGCCCAUUUUGCAAGGCAUCAUGUGGCUGGGGACCUAUCAUUGGACCAGCUUGAGGUUCUCCUUUCUGCAAGUAGGUUGCUUCACGCAAUAUUUGAUGUCAUUGCCAGCAAUGGAUGGCUAAACCUUUCUCUCCUAGCAAUGGAAGUCAGCCAGAUGGUGACUCAGGGGAUGUGGGAUCAUGACUUGAUGCUACUACAGCUUCCUCACUUCACGAGGGAGCUGGCAAAGAGAUGCCAAAAGUUUCCUGGAAAGAAUAUAGAGAGGGUAUCUGAUAUGGUUGACAUGGAGUAUGAUGAAAGGCGGGAACUACUUCAGGAAGUACUUCAUAUGUCAGAUAUACCGUUGGAGGAUAUUGAACAAUUUUGCAAACGAUUUCCCAACAUUGGAAUGACAUGUAAGGUGCUGGGGAGUGAGAAUGUAAGAGCUGGGGAGGAAGUCACUUUGCAAGUUGAUAUGACUGUGAACAGGUUGGCCCUCUUCAUGCCCCGAGGUAUCCCAGGACCAAAGAAGAGGGGUGGUGGCUAG